UCAAUUUUCAAAACUCGAAAAUUUCAAAUUCAUAUUCACGCCAAACAACAUAAAAAACGAGAAAUGCCAAAAAAGGUAAUCACAAGGCGUCAGCGCAAAGCGGCUGAGUCCAAGCGAAAAGCCGAAGAAGAGUCAAAUCAGAAUUUGCCUGGAGUGAAAGCUGAAGAACCCAUGACUAAAGUUGGAAACCAAACUGCGCAUACUGCACCUGCAUCUUAUGAUUUGUUGGAAACAAAAAAGGACAAAGAGAUGUCCAAGACGACUUCUGGCAGAAAUAUUCCGUGUUCGAAUCAAGCUGUUGAGAAAUCAAAUGAACCGUGCUAUGCUCUUCAAAAGAUUAUUGCCCCUGGUCAAAGAAAAUCCCUCAUAUCAGCGGUUAAAAAAAGUGCUUUGGACUUGGAACAAGUUCUUACUACCAGUACCUGGUACGACCAGAACAAUGAAUCCACUUCUAAAGAGUCAAAGAUAAAAAGUAAGGAAACAGAGGCUGUUAAUGAAGAAGUACCUACCAAUUCUGUCUUGCCAUUGGUGGCCAAAAUUUGCAAACAAAUUAAGUCACAUUUGCAUACGGUCCUGCCAAAGCGCAACAGCUCUCAACAACAGAAGCCAAAAGGAAUCCAGCAACAAAUCGAUCAAUCCUAUGGUACGCUGGCAGAGGUCAAUGAUUUUCUCCUGGAGAGGAGUAAUGAGGAAAUACACGUUGGAGUGUUAAACAGUUUGGAACAGGACCCACCACAACAGGACCAACCACAACAUGACCCGUCACAAUAUAACCCACCACAGCAAGACCCAUCACAACAGGACCAACCACAACAUGAGCCACCACAGCAGGACCCACCACUGCAGAACCCACACCAACAGAACCCACCACAGCAGGACCCAUCACAACAGGACCCAUGCGUAGCAACCGGUCAAAACCACAAAUCAGGAUCGGAGCGUAAUUCCAACUUUGAAAACGCGCCGCCACUGAAGCUAUUCGGCAACACUGGUUACUUCGUGCUGACUGGCACCAACGAUCAGUUGGCCCAACAGCUUGGCGACCUUGCGGCCAGGAAUAUUGCUGUCCAAUGUUUAUCCCUGCCGUCCGACAUGAUAGAAAAAGCUGAGGAACAGCUGGCUGAGCUCGAGAGGAACCGGGAACAAAUUCUGGAAAGAAUGCGCAAUAAGCAUGCUAUCCUGGCACAACCAAGGGCUCCGCGUCAGAAGAAUCAGAGGAAAUACAAUAAAUAAAUAGAGGAAAUACCCGCAAAUUUAAAUAUACUCUUCAGUUCAAUAACAAUAAAUAAAGAGUCCACAGAAUACAAGCAAGCGUAAAAAAAACAAAAUUAAUUUGUAAAUUAAUACUCAAGGCCUCAUAAAUAUUUGACCAAAGUUUUCAAUAUUUGACAUUUCCAUAGUUUCAAUCGGGUAAAAUAUAUUCAAAUACGAAGU